GCACUUCUUGCCACAUCCUUUGCUGUACCAAAAGGCUGUCACAGUUGAGAAGCUUACAUAUUUCCUGUAUCUCAACAUCUCACGCAUCAAGAACUUUUAGAGAUCUGCUACAACCAUGGUGAGCUUCUGUCCUAUAUGUGGGAAGCCUGUUUAUUUUGGUGAGAAGAAGAGGUCAUUGGGACGGGAUUAUCAUCCGUUGUGCUUGAAGUGUCACAGGUGUAAAAGACAGCUAACGCCUGGUCAGCAUGCAGAGCACGAUGAGAAGCCAUACUGCACUAACUGCUACAUGAGAGAUUUUGGACCCAGAGGUAGCCGAAAUCCUGUUGCUCGGACCUUUAACACAACAGCUUCUUAAGAGAGGUCGGGCAGUCUUGAGAAACACACAGAAUCUGGACCUACAAACGACAACAAACCUACAGUAUCUGCUUUACACUGCCACACACAGCAAGCCACUGUUAAAUACUGCCAAGUCGAUCUCUCCUUACCACAGAAUAAAACACAACUCCACCCUUAUGAUUCCAUUCAGCAUAAAUGACCAGAACCUGCCAAAUCAACAGCCAUCCACGGUGGCGCUACUUCAUGCGUUUAAAUCUUUUGCCUUGAUUUCACAGUUAAGGCACCUAAAUAUAGUCCAUUCUUUUUUAAUUGAGUUGUGUCUUAAGGUUUAGAAUGGGAGAUGAGAAAAUAUCAAACUGAAUGGUGAAAUUAAUGUUCGUGUAGGAAGGCUGUAUUGUACAAGCAUUGUGUGUUUUUGAUUUCAGAACUCUGUAUACCAUUAAUUCAUUGAGUAACUUGAAACACAAUGUAAUGUUUUUUUUUUCUGUUCUGUUAUUGUUGUUCUUUUCUGGGAUUUUGUGGAUCAGAGGCUAUAAAACAAAGAGUUUCUUCAGGAGGCAGCAGAAGUAUCUACAAAGCAAAAAUGACAAUAAUUAAUCAUUUUGUCUUUUUAAUUAGAAGCAGACGCUUGCGUCUCAAACCUCAUGGCGCAUAAGUGAUGGCUUUAUCAUUUUUGUUAAUUCGGGAAGAAUACAUAUUUGAUUUUAUCUGUUUGUUUUUUUUUUCUUCUCAUUAGUUCAUUCAAAAGAAGUGUCACUCAGAGAGCUGCCAGCUAGCGUAUUGUCAACUCAUUGAAUCAGAAGAAUAGAUUAAUGUCUCUUAUCCUCAAAUCCAUUAAAUAAACUUUAAAAAUAAUAAUGAAAUAAUUACAUGAAUUUUAUGGAACACUUUUUUUUUCUGUUGAAAAUUGCAUUUGAAUAAUUGAAUAUUAAUACCUCAAAAUGUAACUACCUACAAUUGGAAUAUAAAUUAUUGUUUUAAUUUUUGUGUAAAA